CUCUGGCUCCGUAUUUGGCUCUCGGCUGCUGCGCCCUGACCCUGGCGCCGCUCAGGGAGGUUUCCCUUCACCGUAUAUGGAGAGGCUGCUCGGGAGUGCUGCUGCGGACCUGAAUUAGCAGCAGCACAACAUCUAUUAAAAAGCAGCAACAAGAUGUGUUAGGUUUCUUGGAAGCCAACAAAAUUGAAUUUGAGGAAAAGGAUAUUGCUGCCAAUGAGGAGAAUCGGAAAUGGAUGCGUGAGAACGUCCCUGAAGACAGCCGGCCAGCAAGUGGGAACCCCCUGCCCCCCCGGCUCUUCAAUGACAGCCGGUACCUCGGGGACUAUGAAGCUUUCUUUGAAGCACGAGAGAACAAUGCAGUAUAUGCAUUUUUAGGCUUGACUGCACCACCUGGUUCAAAGGAAGCUGAAGCACUGGCAAAGCAGCAAGCAUGAAUUUCAACUGCCUUAAACGUUCUGUAAAGGGAAUUUCCACAGCUUUUUAUAAAAUAGUACAAUUGUCUCUGCUUCAAGAAACAUAGAUGUGAUUUCUAACAUUUGAUUGGUGCUUGCAGCAUUCACCUAAUACAAAUUUGAACACAAGAUGACAAUGCGAACAUAAAGUUAGAGAGCACGUAGUGUUACUACCAAGUCAGAAGCAUAGGAAAUGAAGCAAUUAGACAUGAAUGAUUUUCACCUAGUUCAAACUGUCAUGAAUUGGCAAUUCAUCCACUUUGUGUAAACUUAAAGAAACUAUUUUAGUACUAAUAAUACAGAUGGGGUUAUACCUAAGGAUCCAAGUAUUUAAAACAUGGAAAACAGCAUCUAAAACCUUGUCAGAUACUAACUUUAGUGCCUGAGUUGCCUCAAAAAUGUUACUGAAUUACACAGUAAUUCUUCAGCGUCUCUUCUGGUUUCAGAUGAAAUUUUAGGCGGUGUUGUGUAGUAUAGCCAUUGUAGUCACUUUUGAAAGUUGUGUUUGUUCUUUUGUAGAGUGGAUAUUUAAGAUUUGUAUUGUAACACACUUUACAGAUGAUGAAAACAGAAA